AUGUUCGAAUUGCCACCUGACCAGCUCAGGUCAGAUAGGUCUCUCAGGACAUCAGGUCCGAACACAAAGUCAAGUUUGGGUUGUCGCGGCCGACAGGCCAUCAGGACAACACGUAACGGCUACGAUCAUGUCGCCGACCGACUGACGAGUGAGUUGACAACUGCGAUCCACCAGGCGACAAGCGCUGCACAGCACACACGCGCACUUGGCACAUCAAGUGCCUUCCGUCUUCAACCAUCUACACACAUCACUCCACACAAGACUCUCAACUCCUCCUCGAUCGUCUCCUCUUCACCAGUACGAGCGAGUGCAGAGAUCUUCUUCUCUCCUCCCACACUCGCUUUCCUACCCUCGCCCCCUUCCCUUGUACGACCUGUGCGACGAUCGCCCACGACUCAAGCUCCUCCUCCUUCCAGUCUAGCCGGUUCGAAACCGCACGCCUUCACGCCACAGCACGCACGCACCUCCUUUUCUACAUCGGCUUCCAGCGCCUCCUCAUCCGUUCCUUCGAAUCCCUGCACGCACGCAACCCCGUCCGGUGCACUAGCCGUCGACAGGUUUGUUCUUGAAUAA